GGGAAAGAGUGAGAUUCGAUAGAAGCCGCUGCGCGAGGCACGGCGGGAAGAGAGGCGGGGGUCCGCGCACGGCAUUCCGGGAACAAGGGCCUGGCCAGGACUCGGCGCGGGGCAUUGUGGGAGGUGGACGCCGCUCCGGGGCGGGUAGGCGCCCCAGCAUGGAGCCCCCACCCAGCACGGGCACGGCGGCGGGGCAGGAGGAGCAGGAGCUGCGGGAACGGGCCUUCUUCUCCUGGGCCGAGUUCAGCCGCUUCUUCGACGCGUGGUGCCAGCAGCGGCUAGCGCUCUUCUUCGUCAAGAGCUCCAUGCACCUGGCGCGCUGCCGCUGGGCCAGCGCACCCCCGCUCUACACACUCAUCGACGUGCUCAAGUACAGCUACGUGCGGCUCGUGUGCAAGGACGUGCGCGCGCCCAGCCGGCCUGCCGUGGGGCCCCCCCAGCCCGGCUGCCCGGCCUUCAUCAUCGUCAAGCUGAGCCCGCUGCGGGACCGCCUCGUGGUGACGGAGUGCCAGCUGACCCACUCGCACCCCGCCUGCCCGCUGGAGUUCGCCUACUACUUCCGCCCGGGCCACCUGCUAGCCAACGCCUGCCUGCCCGUGCGCACCACCAACAAGAUCUCCAAGCAGUUUGUGGCCCCGGCUGACGUGCGCCGCCUGCUCUCCUACUGCAAGGGCCGCGACCACGGCGUCCUGGACGCCCUGCACGUGCUCGAGGGGCUCUUCCGCACCGACCCCGAGGCCAAGGUGAAGCUGGUGUUCGUGGAGGACCAGGCGGUGGUGGAGACCGUGUUCUUCCUGACAUCGCGCACCCGGGCGCUGCUGCGGCGCUUCCCGCGCAUGCUCCUGGUGGACCGGCUGCCCGGGCUGCAGGGCGCGCUGGACCUGCUGGCGGUGCUGUGCGUGGACGGCGCAGGCCGCGCGCGCCAGGCCGCCUGCUGCGUGGCGCGCCCGGGCACGCCGAGCCUGCUGCGCUUCGCGCUGGCUUCGCUGCUGCAGAGCGCGCCCGACGUCAAGGGCCGCGUGCGCUGCCUGACCGCCGGGCCCGAGGUGGCCGCGCAGCUGCCCGCCGUGCGCCAGCUGCUGCCGGGCGCGCGCGUGCAGAUCUGCCGCGCGCAGGGCCUCGAGACGCUCUUCAGCAAGGCACAGGAGCUGGGCGGUGUCGGCCGCGAGGACCCCGGGCUGUGGCCGCGCCUGUGCCGCCUGGCCGGCGCGUCCUCCCCCGCCGCCUACGCCGAGGCCCUGGCCGAGCUGCGCGCCCACGGCCCAGCCGCCUUCGUCGACUACUUCGAGCGCAACUGGGCGCCGCGCCGCGACAUGUGGGUGCGCUUCCGCGCCUUCGAGGCGGCCCGCGACCUGGACGCGUGCGCCCUGGUGCGUGGCCACCGCCGGCGUCUGCUGCGGCGCCUGAGCCCCUCGCGCAGCGUUGCUCAGUGCCUUCGAGACCUCGUGGCCAUGCAAUGGGCUGAUGCGGCCGGGGAGGCGGUGCCCGACGUCCCCGACGGCGGAGGACCUUGGCUAGAGGGGGAGCCAAAAAGGGGAGGGCAGGUGGAGAACGAGAGGGUGAAGGGCCUGGAGAGCGGGGACUGGGGUGGAGUCCCAAAAGAAGGAAGUAUGUGGAGAGGCAGCCAGCUGGGGAAAGAGUGGGUCAGAGGACUGGAGACCAGAGACCGGGAAGGGGCGCAGUUAGAAAGGGAGAGGGAGAGACGCCUGCAAAUCCGAGACUGGAGAGGGGUUCAUCUGCAGAACCAGAAGGUAAGAGGGCUGGAAGGGAGUGUCCGGAGAGGGUCCCAGUUGGAGAAGGAAUACUUGAGGGGGCCAGAGAUCAGGGACUGGAGGGGGUCCCCACUGGAAGGUGAGAAAGAUUGGGGGCUGGAAGGUUGUGUUUGGAGAGGAGGCCGGCUGGAGGACCAGGGGCAGAGAGGAUGGGAGGGGUAUGCCUGGAGGAUGACCCAGUUGGAGGAUGGAAGGAUUAGGGUGCUGGAGGCCACAGACCGGAGGGGGCUCCCGUUUGACUGUGAGAGGGCCAAGAGUCUUGAAGGGGGCCCUUGGACGGGGGGGUCGUUGCACGAUGAAAGGGCAAGUGGACUGAAAUCCAGAGAUUGGAAGGGGCCUCAGUUGGAAGCCGAAAAGGGAAGGGGACUCGAGGCGAGAAACUGGCGGGUGGUACAUUUGGAGAGGCCCCCAGAGUUGGUCCCUGAGAACGGAGACCAAAGGGGGCCCCAGUGGAGAGAUGAGAGGCAGAGAGGGUCAGAGAUUAGGGAAGAGAGAGGAGUGAGGUUGGGGGUGAAGAGAAGGGACCUGGAGGAUGUAAUCCUGGUCCAGCUGGGGGACACGAGGGUGACAGGCCUGGAGAAUGGAGGGGGAGGCGCAGCCCGUUCUGCGGGCUCCAAGAGCAGAGGCGGGCAAGGGGUGGAGUGUGGGGACCCAGGAGUUAGGUGUGUAGAGCCCGGGAAUGGAGUCAUGUGCAGCACCCCCAUGGGGACUGGGCUUGAGGGUGACCCCGAGUGGGCAGUGGCGAGGAGAGCGUACCUGGCUGUGGGGGAGAGCCUGCAGGAAGGAGGAGGAGACGGCCUAAGGGAACCCGAGAGGCCUUGCUGCUCGCCCGGAGAGGAGGGGCUGGACUGGGAGCCCCUGUCCAAGUUCCGAGCAGCGUGCGGGCCAGAGCUGGCAGACCUGGUGGCCGAGGAGCUGGCCUUUGCCAGGCAGCACGGGACACGGGGCUUCCACUGGACUGGAGCUGGCUUUGCCCUUAAGGACGGCACCUCGGACUUCUUCCUGGACGGAGCCCUGACGCGCUGCAGCUGCUCCAUCCACGCGGCCCGACGUCUGCCCUGCCGGCACCUCUUCGCAGCGCGCCUCCUCACCGGGGCGGCCUUAUUCCACAUGGACCUGCUCAGGGAUUGCUGGGGGAGAGCCCCAGAGCCCUGACCCUUCGGGUCCCCGCCCAUCACCCUCCGCUGAGAGAGUGGGAGGGCCUUCUUUGAUCCCAAAGAUAACAGGGCUGAGGCCAAGGAGGCCACCCCGGUCCCUCGGGCCGCCUCCUGGGUCGUACAGAGACCUCAUCUGGGCAGUUUGCCUCUCUGGGCCCAAGGGGAAGCCAGCGGUGGUCUCAAGGCCUGGAGCCACAGCAGUGGAUGGUUUUGGUGGCCAGGGUGGAUGCUGAGGGCUUCCCUCGGAGAGGACGUGUGUGAUGAGAGGGGCAGACCGGGUCAGGCAGGGCCAGAAGGAAGGAGGGGGAGGGCAAGACGCAGGACGUGGGGGGAGCCAGGCAGGAGCAGAACGGGUGGUCCAGGGAGUGCGGGGGCAAAGGGAGAAACAAGGGAGAAAGUCAAGGGUAAAUGAAGGGGAGGCAAAGGGAGGAGAGGGGGCAGGGGCCAGAAAUGGAGGCAAGGACAGGAGAAGGCGAAGGAAUGGAGGGGAACAGGGAAAAGCAGG